AUGGGUUCUGAGUCAGUUCAAAUAUCAAGUUCUUCUUCUCAUUCUAGGAGGAGAAGGUUACACUGUUACUGUGGCUUGGAUUCACCACUUGUAACUUCGUGGACAUCUCAAAAUCCAGGGAGGAGGUUCUAUGGAUGUGGGUUGUACAAGCUACAAGGAAGAAAAGGAUGUUCCUUUUUUGACUGGUACGAUGAGCAAAUUACAGAUCGUUCACAGGAAGUGAUUAACUCACUUUUGAAGAAGGUUACUGAUUUGAAGAAGAAUGAUGGUUUAGCUAAGAAGAUUGAUGAUGACCUCAAAAAGAAGAUGAAGAUUUUGGUUAUUUUAUUGAUUUUUUCUUGGGUUUUGAUCAUCAUAUUGAUCAUAAGAAACUUGGUUGGAUGAUGUGAUUUUGUUGUAAUCACCACUAGAAUUGGGUAUUAUUAG